UCCAAAAGCAAAGAAAACAGUACCCAACAAUACUUCGCUGUCCGGUCCUGACUCCUUCCUCUACUCUUUCAGCUCCUUCCUCUUCUCUUCUCCUUCUUUCUUCUUCUUCUUCUUCUCCCCAUUCCUCCCCUUCUUUCUCUCUCACACACAACACACACCAUCUCCAAUCUUCCACUUCUCAAACUCACCUGAAAUAUCCUUUCUGGGUUUUGAACUUUGGCUAAAAGGGUCCUUCCCAGUGGUUUCCAUUUCUCAUUUCGUGGAAAAAAAUGUACUCUUCGGCUAGGAUGCCGAUAGUACAGACGCUGCCGUUGGAGGCGGCUAGCGGCGGUGGCGCCGGUGGAGCUGGAGCUGGAGCAGGAGGCGGGGACUAUCACAUCCAUCAUCAUCACCAUCACGGAGGGCCCGGCAUGUCUUUAGAUGGGACCAACUUGCCUGGGGAUGCGUGCCUUGUGCUCACCACUGACCCCAAGCCCCGCCUCCGAUGGACCGCGGAGCUCCAUGAAAGAUUUAUUGACGCUGUCACUCAGCUCGGUGGCCCUGAUAGUCCAGGCCACACCAAAAACAAUUAUGAGAACAAUGGGAGUCAAAGGCCUUACGCUGUAUCAUUUGAAGUCUCAUCUUCAGAAAUACCGCCUUGGAAAGCAAGCUUGCAAGGAGACAACUGAAAACUCUAAAGAUGCAUCUUGCGUUGCUGAAAGUCAGGACACUGGUUCUUCUACAUGUGCUUCAUCAAGAAUGAUUGCGCAAGAUAUCAAUGAUGGCUACCAGGUUACGGAGGCUUUGCGUGUGCAGAUGGAAGUGCAGCGAAGACUGCAUGAACAGCUCGAGGUUCAGCGGCGUCUUCAGUUACGCAUUGAAGCACAGGGAAAAUACCUGCAGUCAAUCCUUGAAAAAGCUUGUAAAGCCCUUAAUGAUCAUGCUGUGGCAUCCGCAGGGCUAGAAGCAGCUAGGGAGGAGCUAUCUGAGUUGGCAAUCAAGGUUGCUUCUGAUUGUCAGGGUAUGACAUCUGUUCCUCCUCUAUCUGAAGUUGCUGCAGGAAUGGAAAACAAAACCCCUUCCAAUUUGCCUGCUCGAAUUGGUGACUGCUCCAUAGAUAGCUGCUUGACGUCAAAUGAAAGCCCUGUAUCUCCUGUUGGUGAUGGUUCACAGGCUGCUGCAUUGAAGAAACGGGCACGCCGGGUGUUUGGCAACGGGGAGUCUCUGCAUUUUGACAACUCCAUGCGACAAGUGGAGUGGAUGAUGACCAACAUUGGAUGAGUUUCUGAUGAUUUAUAUAUGAGUGAUAAAUCAUCUGUUCUUUGCUUGUUUCAUCGCAUUGUGAUUCUAUCUUGUUGAUCUAAGAGAUCAGCUUACCUUGCAACAGUCUUAUGCAUGCCCUUUGUAAAUUACUUAGGAAGAUUGAUUUGGGAGUACUUGAAUUUCAAGGUGCCUCCUCCUGUACUUUGACUUCUAAAUACCUUUAACUGACCUUGCUGACAAAUUUCUUGCUGAAUGCAGUUGCUAAGAAACAGAUUUCCCA